UCGAUUGAAGCAUUACACCACUCCACUUUAGUCUCUCCUACUUGCCACAACCCCUAUUGAGGGUUUUUAGGACGCGUAAAAGUGAUGCCACGUGCCCUAAUUCAGGACAUUAAACCAUAGCUAGCGUCUCCUUGCGAAAAAUGACCAUAAGCUUACAGUUUAAGGGCUUUGUGAGGAUAUGAUCUAUGGCACUUGUGUCACAGCUUCCAAGUCACUGAUUUUCAGAGCGUUAGUGUUGCAGAAGCCAUUAAAUUUUCAAGUAAAAUUCUCCUCCAAGUGUUUUCCUACGAAGAUAAGAAUGGAAAGUAAUCUUAAUCAUAGCAUAGAGGGCAACAAUAAAGCGUCUAGGGGUGCCUUGGUUGUCCUAGAAGGCUUGGAUCGUUCUGGGAAGUCUUCUCAGUGUAGCAGGCUAGUGUCCUUCUUGGAGGGACAAGGGAUCUCUGCUGAAUUAUGGAGAUUUCCCGACAGAACUACAAAUGUUGGGCAAAUGAUAUCUGCCUAUCUAACUAACACAUCUCAGUUGGAUGAUCAUACUAUUCAUCUCCUCUUCAGCGCUAAUCGUUGGGAAAAGAGGUCAUUGAUGGAAUCAAAACUGAAAACUGGAACAACCCUCAUUGUUGACCGUUAUUCUUAUUCUGGGGUGGCUUUCUCAUCUGCCAAGGGACUUGAUUUUGAAUGGUGUAAGGUCCCAGAGAUUGGAUUGCCAGCACCAGAUGUGGUAGUAUACCUUGACAUAUCUCCAGAGAAAGCUGCAGAAAGAGGAGGGUAUGGAGGUGAGAGAUAUGAAAAGCUGGAGUUUCAGAAGAAAGUUGCUGAUUGGUACAAAGUUCUUCAUGAUGUUUCCUGGAAGGAUGUUGAUGCUUGCCAACCCAUAGAAGAUGUGGAGAAACAGUUGCAAGAGAUUGUUCUUGAUUGUGUCACAGAAUGCCGGAAGGGGAAGCCCCUUUCCACCUUGUGGUCGAAGUAGACACGCCUUGAUACAUGAGAACAAAUAUGUCAGAUGUAUUAUUUUGAACACCAAAACCCAUUUUUGUGUAACUCUGGUUGCUCUUUUUUUAUAUCUUAUAAUCACAAAUUAAUUCGUUUGCGAAGCAAUUUGAAGAAAGCCUCGAAAUUUAUAAUAUGCCCAAGCUCAAGCUGGAAGGAUUGAAAAUUUUCUGAUCCAACAAAUGUGAUGCAGCAGCUUUCUGUAACCCUGAUGAGGUCCAGAUUUUAUGUGCCCAAUUUCACUGAAGUUUAACUAUACAUCAGGACUGCCUCAAAAGUGUUUAAUGCUUGUGAAACUAGUAGGAAAGUAUUUUGGGAAAAGCCAAAUUGAUACGAGUUUAUUUAUCUAUUAAUAUGUUACCUAGUUAUUGGCAAUUGGAUAGCCUUUAAAUGAAUUCUAUUGCCUCAA